CAUCUUUCAUCACCGACUGCACCUCUAUUUAAACCACCAGUCAGUUUCUUGAGUGAAACAUCAAGAGUAGUGAGUAGCAAAGCUCUCCUACCUUUUCUGACUCUUCUUUCCCCUGUUCUCACCAUGGCUUUCAAAGCUCUGCUGUUUCUAUUGGCCACUCUUCUGCUUGUUGCUACAAGAGUUGCAUCCAAUGAGGAGGAAGAGAAGAUUGAGAUUAAAUAUGUUAUAGUUCCUGCACCAGCUCCAGUACCAGUGAAGGCACCCACCCCUGCACCCCCAGUUAAGACUCCCACUCCAGCACCCCCUUACACAGCCCCAAGUCCUGCACCCCCAGUCAAGGCUCCUACUCCUCCAUACAAACCCCCAACUCCUACACCCCCAGUCAAGGCUCCUACUCCCCCAUAUAAACCCCCAACUCCUACACCCCCAGUCAAGGCUCCUACUCCCCCGUACAAACCCCCAAGUCCUGCACCUCCAGUCAAGGCUCCUACUCCCCCGUACAAACCCCCAAGUCCUGCACCUCCAGUCAAGGCUCCUACUCCCCCGUACAAACCCCCAAGUCCUGCACCUCCAGUCAAGGCUCCUACUCCCCCGUACAAACCCCCAAGUCCUGCACCUCCAGUCAAGGCUCCUACUCCCCCGUACAAACCCCCAACUCCCACACCCCCAGUCGAGGCUCCUACUCCCCCAUAUAAACCCCCAACUCCUGCACCCCCAACCAAGGCUCCCGCUCCCCCAUAUAAACCCCCAACUCCUUCACCCCCAUACAAGCCACCAACAACUCCAGCACCUCCUUACAAGGCACCGCCAACUCCUACACCUCCUUACAAGGCACCGCCAACUCCUACACCCCCUUACAAGCCACCAAGUCCACCAUUGCCACCUGUUAGGACAAGAAAGGAUUGCACUCCUUUAUGUGAACAAAGGUGCAGAUUACAUUCAAGGACUAACCUAUGCAUGAGAGCAUGCGUCACAUGCUGUGACAGAUGCAAAUGCGUUCCACCAGGGACAUCUGGCAACAGAGAAAUGUGUGGCAAGUGUUACACUGAGAUGAAAACCCACCGCAAUAAACCCAAAUGUCCUUGAAAGCCAAACAACACUUAUUGAUGUUUCUACGUAUAUGUUAGCUAAAAGCAUGCGGUAAUAAGUUUUAGAGAAGGGAGAAAAGGAAUGAUUUUCUUGUAAUGUAACCACUACUACUCCUAGAAGCUAUCAACUUGUCAAACAGUUUCAGGGCAACACUCACUCUCUGUGUCUACUGAAUUUUAUUACGUUAAUUGAAGAUAUUAAUAUAUAGUGAAUGUCCCUUGUUCUUGUUAAUCAAAAUUUCUAUUCCCGA